AUGGCGCCGGCCGCCCUCCUCCGUGAGGUGACCCAGGUGCUGUGCGCGGCCGGGGGCGCCUUGGAGCUGGAGGAGCUAUGGCGCCGCGUGCGGCCGGGCGUCGGCGGCGAUGUGCUGGACCGGCUGCUGCGGGAGCGCGGGCGCUUCGUGGUGGCGCGGCGGGCGGCCGGGGCGGGCGCGGCGGCCGUCGAGCGCGUGGUGCUGGCCGUGUCGCCUCUGCGGCUCUGCGGCGCCCAUCUGGGCGCGAAGCCGGGCUGCUCGGGGCUGUGCUCGCAGCUGCACCUCUGCAAGUUCUUGUUCUACGGCAAGUGCAAGUUCCUCAGGGACGGGAAGGAAUGUAGGAACGGUCACAACUUGAUGUCCAAUCACAACGUGAGCGUGCUGAAAACACAUGGCGUGGACCACCUCAACUACGGUGAGCUCUGCAUGCUCCUGUUUCAGAACGACCCCUUGCUCUUGCCAGAGAUCUGCCUUCAUUACAACAAAGGAGAUGGACCAUACGGCUCUUGUUCCUUUAAAAAGCACUGUAUCAAGCUCCAUGUCUGCCAGUAUUUUUCGCAGGGUGAAUGCAAGUUUGGCACUGGCUGUAAGAGAUCCCAUGACUUUUCUAAUUCUGAGAACCUGGAAAAACUGGAGAAGUUGGGCAUGAGGCCGGAGCUGGUGAGCAAGCUGCCUUCCAUUUACAGAAAUGCUCAUGACAUCAAGAGUAAGAGCUCUGCUUCCAUCCGGGUGCCACCUCCACCCUCGAAGUCACAGGGGACUUCCGAAAGAAGAGACACAGGUCCUGUGUCCCUAAACACUGCCACCCAAGAGGAGAGUGAUCAGAUCUGCUUGUUCCAUAUCUGGAAGAGCUGUAGCUUUCAAGAUAAGUGCAGUAGAGUUCAUUUCCACUUGCCAUAUCGAUGGCAAGUCUUAGAUGGAGGCAAGUGGAAGGAUUUUCACAAAAUGGAGCUUAUUGAAGAGGCAUAUAGCAAUCCUGCAAGAGACGGGGUCACGUGCACCGAGACAUCCAGUAGCUUUCUCAUUGGUUUUCUGAACUUUGACACCAUGAAGUUUGGUGCCACCCGGGCUCGCCGUCUCUCCACGGCAUCCUCGGUCACCAAACCUCCACAUUUCAUUCUCACCACCAACUGGAUUUGGUACUGGACUGAUGAGUUCGGCUCUUGGCAGGAAUAUGGAAGACAAGGCAUGGAUCACCCUGUGACCAGCAUCACCAGCAGUGACUUGGAGAAGGCCUACCUGGCGUACUGUGCCCCGGGGUCUAACCCCCAGGCAGCCACCCUGAGGUUCCAAGCAGGAAAGCACACAUAUGAGUUAGACUUCAAAGCCUUCAUUCAGAAAAACGUGAUCUAUGGCACAGUUAGAAAGGUUUGCCGGAGACCCAAAUAUGUGUCUCCCCAAGAUGUGAAGAUGAAGCAAACCUGCAGCAUCAAUUCUCAAGGCCUAAAGAACAUUCCUGACCAUUGGGAUCGCUCGGCCCUGCCGGACACUGGCUUUAAGAGGAUCACCGUCCCUUCGUCCUCAGAAGAGUUUCAGAAGGUCUGGAGCCUCUUCACCUGUACAAUGCCUCUCUACUCCAUUCAGAAGAUUGAACGGGUCCAGAACCCCGCCCUCUGGGAAGUCUACCAGUGGCAAAAGGAGCAGAUGCAGAAGAGAAACGGCGGGAAGACGGUGGACGAAAGGCAGCUGUUCCAUGGCACCAGCACUGGUCUUGUUGAUGCCAUCUGCCAGCAGAACUUUGACUGGCGGAUUAGUGGUCUCCACGGUACUUCCUACGGCAAGGGGAGCUACUUUGCCCGGGACGCCGCGUACUCCCACCACUACAGCAAAACCGACACCAACACCCAUGCCAUGUUCAUGGCUCGGGUGCUGGUGGGCGAGUUUGUCCGGGGCAGCACUGCCUACGUCCGCCCCCCGAUCAAGGAGGCCCAAGGCAACAUCCUGUAUGACAGCUGCGUCAACAGCAUGUCCGAACCGUCCAUCUUCGUGAUCUUCGAGAAGCACCAGGCCUACCCGGAGUACAUCAUCCAGUACACUGCCUCCACCAAGCCCCCAGCCGCUGCUCCCACCCUCUUGUCCUUGGCUUCUUUCAUCAGCGGCCGGCGGUGA